GUUCCGCUUUAUUCAAGGCUGCCUGCACGCAUCGUCUACAGGCGGCAUAAACAAGCCGAUACUCACACAACCUAAAGGACUCUAAAGGCGAUCCUUUCGUUGCUUACCAUCUACAACACUUUGGUAAGCUUACAUUUUGCUUUAUUUAGCCAGCAAAAGGAUAUAGAUCGUGUUUCUAUGAUCAUCUGUACUUGUUCCACCAUUGUUUGAUGAAAAACCAGCAGCCAACGACCAAAGAUGGCACUGACAUGCGAAACACACUCACACUGGUGUAAUCCACAUCUCUGUUUAUCUGUCACCACAAGCGAUCAAAGUAAGCCGCGAAUUUUGAGUGCACAGCGCAGGCCGCCCAAUCCGAGACACUACCUCAGAUUCAGCAUCACAUUCGUCAGCAUCCAACCGUGGUUUUCUCGUAUACGGUCCGUAGCGAUUGGUAUCCUUGGCCAGUAUCAAGCAUCGCGCCAAUUAGUCAAGUGUUAAUCGUAAUGUCGACUGAAACAGUGGAACGUUCGGAGUCGGCAGAAACCGUGAAUGCUGUUGCUGCACCCGUGUUCAAACAGGAUGCCAUUUGUAAAGAUGAAAAUGAAAACAUGGUGCUCUACUGCGGGGAAGCGUCAUCCAACCGCAACUGCUCCCAGAGUUAUGUCCAAGCGUACACUUCACUUACACUGGACUCGUUACGUGGUCCAAAGUUUUAUUGCUUCGAAUGCCAAUACUCGCUGCACACGCUGCUCAGCAUGAUCACGCACAUGAAAAUGCACCGUAAACCGUUCUGUCCAAUCUGCUUCCGAAUGUAUGCACACGAAAGCGAAGUGAAUGCUCACACUGCUGCCGGUUCACUCAAUGCUGUUUUCAAACGCAGCGAUUGAUCCCAACGCGUUUGUUCGUUUGGGCGAAGAGGAUUCCUGUUUUCCAACGGAAGUUCCUCCUAACUCUCCCACCCAAGAGUACCAUCAAGGACAGUUAGAGUUGCAGGCAGGAUUGCGGAAUAUAAACAAUCGGUCGAUCUCGUUUUUGCUUGCACAAAAAUUGCGCAAACAUCAGGCAGCGAUGAAUCGAGGUGUACAAUUGGAGGCACAAAAAUUGAAGGCUCGACGUGCUGUAUCGGUCGACGAUGGAGCAGUAAUCCGCGGAGCGGGAAAAUCACGCAACAGCCUGCGGGCACCCGGUAAAGCCCGACUUUCUGGAAAGGUGCACAAACGCAAUACAUCAAAGCCAGCCGCUCCGAGGACAGCUACUAAGGAUGGUGAAGAAUCGGCCGAUCACUCACUGCGACGGCUUACCUCUCGCUUUGGGCGUGCCAUUAGUCUUAAGGUGCCGCAAUUUUAACACGGCUGCUACCGAAACCCGUGUCACCACGAUGAUGGCUGGGCCAUAAUUUAUAAAUUAUUGUAAAUCUCCUACACACUACUCUCUUAUAAUGGAAUAAGAUUUGCUUUACUAUUUCUUCUCACCAGCGACACUGUAAAAAAAAAGUCCAACGAAUUGGACAUCCUCCACUGUUGCGUUACGCGAGAAUAAAGCUUAAAAAUCUGCAAA